AUGGCCACAACAGCGGCUGCGUUGUCGCUCCUACUGAUCAUCGUUGGAUCUUCUGUACAGAAAAAAGAUUCAGUUCUGUAUCAGACUCGCAAGAUUGAUUAUCCAGUUCUCGUUAGAAAGACAGCUGGUCCCUCAUUUGUGCAUCCAACUCAAGCUCUGGCUCUUGAGGCCAGAGACUUACCCGUGGAGAGAUACUACGAGACGGACGGGGUAUUGUUGCAUAUGGAAGCAUGGAAGGUGUUCCCCCUUACAAGUGCCCGGGUGCUUGGUGCGAUGAGGUUUAGAAACGGCUUUAGUACACCAUUCCGCGUGUAUCCCGAUGGCAGAGAGGAGUUUGGAGCUCCAAAAGACUUUACAAUGGCAUGGGGCCCUUGCAAUGUUGCGAUCCAAGAUUGUUAG